GUGAUAGUCGCUUGCUCCCGCCCCCGCUUCGUCGUCCGGUCGAACGAAGAAACGGCGAGAAUGGCAUUUGUGCGUGAAAUUGUAUCAGUUUUUGUGUGAACAACUGCAAAUUUCUCACAACAGCAACUUCACCCUCCGACCUUUAGUUCGCUGGUGUAAUUAUCCCUUCACAGUGUUAAACUAUGUGCCGUUUUAAAUAGUUUAGUGGCGAAGAAUUUUUGUGUGACUGGUUUGGGGUGGUAUCCCGUAGAUUUUGUUUCAUUGUGCUUAGCAAUAAUGGUCAGACUUCCCGCUAACAUCGUUGGAAUUUAAAACAUUCGUGCCCCAACCGGCAUGGAUGAAGGUUUACUCAACGAUCUCCUCGAGUGCUCCGUUUGUUUGGAGCGACUCGACACCUCGUCUCGGGUCCUGCCGUGCCAGCAUACCUUCUGCCUCAAAUGCUUGAAGGUGAUUAUAGAAUCUCACAAGGAGCUCCGAUGUCCAGAAUGCAGGGUCCUGGUGGAAGCGAAGGUGGAGGAGCUGCCUCCAAAUGUCCUCCUCAUGAGGAUCCUAGAGGGCAUGAAGAACUCCGCCCCGAGGAAAAUGGUAACUGGACAACGGACUUCGAGAAGCGGUGGACAUUCACAGGCUCUACAAGGCGUUCAAGGCGGUAAGCAGUUGCCGCCUCACGCGAGGGCCCUCUACGACUUUAUAUCGAAGGAGCCCGGGGACCUCUCGUUCAAGAAAGGUGAAACAAUAUUGAUACAGAAGAAAUUGGACCCGUUUUGGUAUCAGGGAGAAUGUUCCGGCCGAACUGGCAUGUUCCCCAUCACUUAUGUACAGGUGGUAGUACCUCUCCCGGUGGCUACAGCGUUAUGCAAAGCGUUGUACGACUUCCGCAUGUCCGCCCCCGACGAGGAAGGAUGUUUGGCGUUUGACAAGGGGGCAAUUAUAACGGUGCAUCGUCGUGUCGACGACAACUGGGCGGAGGGUCGGCUGGACCAACGCGUCGGCAUCUUCCCCAUCGCUUUCGUGGAGCUCAACCAAGCGGCUAGGCAGCUCAUGAACAGUGUACCGUUGAACCGACCGGUGCCGCCCAUACCCGAACACUCCCGACCAUCGCACUCGGAACACAGGCAUCAUGCACAGCAACACUCGCACCGUUACCAACCGAUGUCUAUGUCUACCCCCUCCACCGUGCAGAGUAACUACCAAAACAUGGCCGCCAUGAGUCAGUCGCAUCCCAACUACCAUCCCGCGCAGACGCAGCCGCAGAUACUGCUGCCCCAGCCCAUCAACCAGCACGUCACCGUCUCCCACGGAGGCCUCGUCACCACCACCGCCGUACCCAGAAACAUCAUGGAACCACAAACCAAACACUCGCUAGACCUCAUACAAUUCACUAACAUGCACAACAAAGGACACCAAACUAUGGGCAUACAAAACGUAUCCAGAAUCGGAGAAAAUUACGACAGAUUACGAACAGUCAAAUACGACAGCUACAACUCAACGCCAGUUCAUAAAGUUGAAACUACGUACCAAAAUGUGAGGACCCACGAACAUUUUCCUGUUUCCGGCGCCAAUUUCAAUACUAGUAAUGUCAGUUCGGAUUCUAGUUCGAGCAUGAACACGCCGUCUGUCGGCGUUAGUUCAACAACGACUCCAAACACAAGUUCCAAUACAAGUACCUGUGAAAGCGCUGAACCGAGCCUUCCCAGUUCCCCCGAUAAUAAUACAGAGCGAAAUGCAACCGUAAUCGCUUCUAAUACGACUCAAAAUCCCUCACAAAAUCAAAUCAAUCAAUCCCAAACAGAGGAAGAAACGAACAACGACGAGUCUCUUAACACUUCAAUGGGAGUGCUGAGUUUGAACGAAAGUUCUACGGCAACGAACACGUCUCUGAAUGUCAGUUUACCGCCGUCAGAGAGUCCAAAAUUGAAUGCUUCGAGUGGAAGCAAUACGUGUCAAAACCAGGAAGAAAAUCAAGAAGCUGCAAGCAAUAAUGAUUCUAACAGACUGGAUGCUCCUUCGUCUAGUAAGAAUUUGCGUUCUAGUGGACCGGAGUCGUUGAAUUUUGGUUUAGGCUUGCAAGCGGCAUUGUCCCCUUCGCAUGGGAAGGAUGGAAACUACAUGGUGAAUAGAGCCCAUAGAGAACACCACCACAGAGAACGGGAAAAGAGACACAGCUUGACACCUUCCACGCAUUUGCAAGGGAAUCAUAACACGCAAAAUAGGCACUCGGCAGAAAUUCUAGCAACCAGUCUGCUGGACUCGGGCCCGGCGGAGCGAGGCGAGCGCGCGGAGCGAGGCGAGCGCGCGGAGCGAGGCGAGCGCGCGGAGCGGCGGCGGCGACGCUCGCGCAGCAACGAGCGGCCGCUGCCCGCCGCCUACGUCGCCAUCUACCCCUACAAGCCCUGCAAGCCCGACGAGCUCGAGCUCAAGAAAGGAGGUAUCUACACGGUGACGGAGCGGUGCCGCGACGGCUGGUACAAGGGCAGCUCGGAGCGGUCGCAGCGGGCCGGAGUGUUCCCCGGCAACUACGUCGCCCCCGCACACCAUCUGCGCCCUAAGCAUGACAAGGCUGCGCCGGCGGCUGUAUCGUCAGUGCCGGCAGCGGCAGCAGCGGGCGCCGGCAGCGCGGGCGCCGGCAGCGCGGCCCCCGACGCGCCGCCCCGCGCGAGGGACGCCGCGCCCGCCACGCUGUUACUCGCUCAACCGCUCACCUACCCUUGGAGUUCGCCGGCGCAGUCACAACAAAAUACACCCAGAUCUGAAAAGCCAAAAGAGAAAGCGAAAACGGAAAAGUCUUCAAUCUCAACGGGUGUGAGUUUGAUGAAACGUUUAGCGGCCAUGAAGAAAUGCAAGUCGCCUCCGCCGGCCGGCUAUAGUAUGGACAACCCGGUGUUCGAAGACGGACCCGGGACAUCCCUCAUGCUGACCUUGAACACGCAGCAACAUCACCCUGUACAUGUCAGGUCGGGCUCGUGCCCGUCGCAGCUGCUCCGCGCCCUGCCGCCCGCCGCCCGCCCGCACUCCUCGCACAAGGAGCGAGCCGCACCGCCCGCCCUGCACGAACACCACCACCAUCUGCACAGGUUGUAUGCACACACACACACACAUACACCCGCCCGCACUCCUCGCACAAGGAGCGAGCCGCACCGCCCGCCCUGCACGAACACCACCACCAUCUGCACAGGUUGUAUGCACACACACACACACAUACACCCGCCCGCACUCCUCGCACAAGGAGCGAGCCGCACCGCCCGCCCUGCACGAACACCACCACCAUCUGCACAGGUUGUAUGCACACACACACACACAUACACCCGCCCGCACUCCUCGCACAAGGAGCGAGCCGCACCGCCCGCCCUGCACGAACACCACCACCAUCUGCACAGGUUGUAUGCACACACACACACACAUACACCCGCCCGCACUCCUCGCACAAGGAGCGAGCCGCACCGCCCGCCCUGCACGAACACCACCACCAUCUGCACAGGUUGUAUGCACACACACACACACAUACACCCGCCCGCACUCCUCGCACAAGGAGCGAGCCGCACCGCCAGCCCUGCACGAACACCACCACCAUCUGCACAGGUUGUAUGCACACACACACACACAUACACCCGCCCGCACUCCUCGCACAAGGAGCGAGCCGCACCGCCCGCCCUGCACGAACACCACCACCAUCUGCACAGGUUGUAUGCACACACACACACACAUACACCCGCCCGCACUCCUCGCACAAGGAGCGAGCCGCACCGCCCGCCCUGCACGAACACCACCACCAUCUGCACAGGUUGUAUGCACACACACACACACAUACACCCGCCCGCACUCCUCGCACAAGGAGCGAGCCGCACCGCCCGCCCUGCACGAACACCACCACCAUCUGCACAGGUUGUAUGCACACACACACACACAUACACCCGCCCGCACUCCUCGCACAAGGAGCGAGCCGCACCGCCAGCCCUGCACGAACACCACCACCAUCUGCACAGGUUGUAUGCACACACACACACACAUACACCCGCCCGCACUCCUCGCACAAGGAGCGAGCCGCACCGCCCGCCCUGCACGAACACCACCACCAUCUGCACAGGUUGUAUGCACACACACACACACAUACACCCGCCCGCACUCCUCGCACAAGGAGCGAGCCGCACCGCCCGCCCUGCACGAACACCACCACCAUCUGCACAGGUUGUAUGCACACACACACACACAUACACCCGCCCGCACUCCUCGCACAAGGAGCGAGCCGCACCGCCAGCCCUGCACGAACACCACCACCAUCUGCACAGGUUGUAUGCACACACACACACACAUACACCCGCCCGCACUCCUCGCACAAGGAGCGAGCCGCACCGCCCGCCCUGCACGAACACCACCACCAUCUGCACAGGUUGUAUGCACACACACACACACAUACACCCGCCCGCACUCCUCGCACAAGGAGCGAGCCGCACCGCCCGCCCUGCACGAACACCACCACCAUCUGCACAGGUUGUAUGCACACACACACACACAUACACCCGCCCGCACUCCUCGCACAAGGAGCGAGCCGCACCGCCCGCCCUGCACGAACACCACCACCAUCUGCACAGGUUGUAUGCACACACACACACACAUACACCCGCCCGCACUCCGCGCACAAGGAGCGAGCCGCACCGCCAGCCCUGCACGAACACCACCACCAUCUGCACAGGUUGUAUGCACACACACACACACAUACACCCGCCCGCACUCCUCGCACAAGGAGCGAGCCGCACCGCCCGCCCUGCACGAACACCACCACCAUCUGCACAGGUUGUAUGCACACACACACACACAUACACCCGCCCGCACUCCUCGCACAAGGAGCGAGCCGCACCGCCCGCCCUGCACGAACACCACCACCAUCUGCACAGGUUGUAUGCACACACACACACACAUACACCCGCCCGCACUCCUCGCACAAGGAGCGAGCCGCACCGCCCGCCCUGCACGAACACCACCACCAUCUGCACAGGUUGUAUGCACACACACACACACAUACACCCGCCCGCACUCCUCGCACAAGGAGCGAGCCGCACCGCCCGCCCUGCACGAACACCACCACCAUCUGCACAGGUUGUAUGCACACACACACACACAUACACCCGCCCGCACUCCUCGCACAAGGAGCGAGCCGCACCGCCCGCCCUGCACGAACACCACCACCAUCUGCACAGGUUGUAUGCACACACACACACACAUACACCCGCCCGCACUCCUCGCACAAGGAGCGAGCCGCACCGCCCGCCCUGCACGAACACCACCACCAUCUGCACAGGUUGUAUGCACACACACACACACAUACACCCGCCCGCACUCCUCGCACAAGGAGCGAGCCGCACCGCCCGCCCUGCACGAACACCACCACCAUCUGCACAGGUUGUAUGCACACACACACACACAUACACCCGCCCGCACUCCUCGCACAAGGAGCGAGCCGCACCGCCCGCCCUGCACGAACACCACCACCAUCUGCACAGGUUGUAUGCACACACACACACACAUACACCCGCCCGCACUCCUCGCACAAGGAGCGAGCCGCACCGCCCGCCCUGCACGAACACCACCACCAUCUGCACAGGUUGUAUGCACACACACACACACAUACACCCGCCCGCACUCCUCGCACAAGGAGCGAGCCGCACCGCCCGCCCUGCACGAACACCACCACCAUCUGCACAGGUUGUAUGCACACACACACACACAUACACCCGCCCGCACUCCUCGCACAAGGAGCGAGCCGCACCGCCCGCCCUGCACGAACACCACCACCAUCUGCACAGGUUGUAUGCACACACACACACACAUACACCCGCCCGCACUCCUCGCACAAGGAGCGAGCCGCACCGCCCGCCCUGCACGAACACCACCACCAUCUGCACAGGUUGUAUGCACACACACACACACAUACACCCGCCCGCACUCCUCGCACAAGGAGCGAGCCGCACCGCCCGCCCUGCACGAACACCACCACCAUCUGCACAGGUUGUAUGCACACACACACACACAUACACCCGCCCGCACUCCUCGCACAAGGAGCGAGCCGCACCGCCCGCCCUGCACGAACACCACCACCAUCUGCACAGAGCCAGCACGGAAAACCCUUGGCAGACCCAACACAGAAAAUCGCAGUCGCUAGACGUGACCGCUUCCAGGCGAGACAGACAUCAUACGCAACCGAACAAAGAGAGAUUCCGCUGUAUAGUACCCUAUCCGCCUAACUCUGAAUACGAGUUGGAACUCAAAGUGGAUGAUAUAGUGAUUGUUUCGAAAAAGCGAGGCGAUGGCUGGUACAAAGGUACCCUACAAAGGACUGGUCGUACCGGCCUAUUUCCCGCCUCAUUUGUACAAAGCUGUCCGCCCGAAUGACAAAGGCCUACACCUUCGAGGUUCGGAACUCUAUUUUAGUACAUAAAAGUGAUGGGAACAGGUGAUUAAAGUAAAGGCCCAAUAUAUAGCUCCUAUAUUCUAAAA